UUUAUUAUUAAGAUUAACCUGUCAGUAGUCCUUAAUCUAACUGCUGUUACAUAUCACACACCUGCAACCACAAGAGGAAAAUGACAAAAGAGUAACAUUGGCCAUCAUUCUCGCGAGUAAUCGUCAUCAAUAACUCAAGUUUGAGAAUCCCACGCGCUGAGGCGCCGCAGCGAGCGCCUACGUAUCCGACACUCUCUGAGCCGCUCUAUAACAUUCUGUCGGCGCCAUGUAGUGGCCUCUGUAUAGCGCCUCUCAAGAUAAACAGUUAUAGUAUUAGAAAAUCAUAAAAUAUACAAAGAGACGAAGCGGAGCUCUCGCUAUGUCCGUGGCGUAUGUUAGUAUGUGCGUGGAAAGCUUUUCGCCGAGGCAGCCGUCACUUAGCCACGCCUUCUUGCGCCACACGGCGCUGUCAUUGGCGGCGCGACUGAUGUUUUGGGCGGGAUUACGUAAAGGGGGCGGGGCUGGCGCGGGGCCGACACAUGGUAGGGCGGCGGGGCGCUGCCGCUCGAGGAAUACUGGAGAGUGCUUACCGCGGGCCUCGUGCUGCUCGGCUCACGUUACGUGGUGUUGUGUGCACCCUUGUGGCGCGCGCCGGUUGCACGUGUUGUGUUUUAAGGCACGCCGCGCUGCUCUCGUUGCCAGCUUACUUUCUCUUUCACAUGGGCGUCGGCUGAAUGAUGCCCUGCGCCCCCCUAAUGAAGCCAAAACUCGGCUUCUCCAUUGAAUCCCUGGUGGGCGGCAAAGGAGGCUCGGAGGGCCGUGGUUCCCCGCCGCUGGCCGACACCUGCAGCGACCGCGGCGUGUCGCCUCCCACCUCCAUGCCACCGUCGCCGCUUUCCCCGGGGCCUCCUGCCUUCAGCGACCUUCGGGCGCCGUUGGCUAUGCGGGCCCUCCUCGAGGACAAGCCGCUGCCCAUCCAGAGGCCGCAGCCCAUUAAUGGCGCCACACAAAGACCUUCUCAGGAAGUGAGUCUGCCGCCCUCGCUCCUGGCUGCAGCGAAGCUUCCCACGGGCUUCCCGCCCGCCCUCCUGCCGCAUCAGCUCAACCUGGCCGCAUUGCCACAGCUGCAGGGACUUCCCGGGGCUUUUCCUCCGCAUCUCAACCCGCUCAUGAUGGGCGGGAACGUGCCCGGCCUGGCUGCCCACCUGCCGCGGGAGUACCCCCUUUACCCGUGGUUGCUGUCCAGACACGGCAGAGUCUUCCCCCAUGGCCUUCCCAGUCCCGAGCAGCUGGCUUACCUCCUGCAGCCCUUCCGGAAGCCCAAGAGGAUCCGGACGGCGUUCAGCCCGAGCCAGCUCCUCAAGCUCGAGCAAGCCUUCGAGAAGAACCAGUACGUGGUGGGCGCCGAGAGGAAGCAGCUCGCCCAGUCGCUAAAUCUUUCCGAAACACAGGUGAAAGUAUGGUUCCAGAACAGACGGACGAAGGAGAAGCGGAUCCAGCAAGAGGACGAGGGCGAGGGCGGAGGCGGCGACGGCAGCGGGGGCGCCGGAGAAGGGGGCGCAUCGGGAGGGAGCGGCGGAGGCGGCGGAGGGAGCGGCGCGUCGGAAAAGUGUUCAUCAGCGUCUUCGACCUCUCCUGAAGGAACGUCCAAGCCCAUGGAGGAGGAGGAAGAGGAUGAGGAUAUCCUGGAGGACUCGGAGGAGGAAGGUGUAGGCGGCGGCCGUCUUGACCUCACCACAGGCUGAGGACCUUUUCCUGCCCACUGAAGACGUGCCCACUUGAAGCCACGCCUGCAAAUUCCCCGCCCAUUUCUCCUGCCCGCGACACAUGACACAGCGGCGGACGGAGAAGGGACAGCCCAUCUCUCGCAUUACAAGGACCCUGUCUUCGCUCACGGUGCUGUGUGCGUGUCUGCGGCGUGUACAUGCAUGUACAUUUAUAAACGCUCUAUGUUUGUCAUGAUGCACAUCUUGCGUGUAUGGAUACAUAUAUUCUCUGUAUUGAUGGGUAAAUCUCUAUGGCGAUAUGGAUGAACACUUGUAAAAAAAAAAAUACAUUGUGUGCACCUGUCUUAUUAGAGGAUUGAGCCCAAACGCUGAAAAAGAGAUCGUUAUGAUGGAUUUACACACGAACACUAGGAAGUGCAGGUGACACCCGGUGAGAGUGGCCAGCGAAGGGGAGCGUCGGGAUGGAGGUGGGCGGGAGGGCCUGAACUAGUCACGGACAGACAGGACUGCCUCGGUAUUGUGUUUACCACAAGAAACCGUAAUAAUGAAUUGAUCACGCAGUGUUUGCCCGCGAAUGGACUCGAGUGAAACCCGUUCCGCCGUACGUUCCGUUGUGCUUAGCUUGGGUGUCAUACACCUUGGAGGAGCGAGGUGGAACAACAAAGGGAAAUCGCGGUUCAGCAGCAGGUGACCCGUGAAAGCAAAACGGUGCAAGAGCAAGGAAAUCAAUCAAGAGUCUCUCCUCGCGAGACGAAAACGCCUCUUGGUACCUUUCAUCCGACCCCGAACCCGACAGCGUGUAAGACUCGUGCCAAAGUCUGCGAACUGUGCAUUGCAGACGCACCAGACACUAGAUGAUUCAUUGAUAAGACAGAAAAUUAACACAGCUUUGUAUUAUAAGUGUCGAGGCCUAAUACUUACUACAUUCCUCCAUUAUGUUCUGCGUUGUUAGUUAUAAAUAACAAGCCGUUGUGAAUGCCCGAGUGAGUGAUGUGCAACUUUCGUGAUGUCAUCAGUCGCCUAGCGACCAUCCAUUUUUCCGAGAGUUGGAAAAGAAUGCAACUAUCGUGGUCCUCGAUACACUACCUGUUCCAUGCAUUGAAAAGUGAAAACUUGAAGGGAUUUGAUUAUGCUUUGUUGAAUAAAGUUUCAUCUUUAUUUCGGGAUAUUUGACCGGCGCUGGCAUGACAUUACUUUUCAGUCUGGAGAGAGCUAAAAGUGAUAUCUAGUUUUUAAUCUAGAAGCCAAAAAGGUUUCGAACCGCUCCUCCAAACCUGGAAGUAUUUUCAUGAAGUACCAAAAAGUAUAGGUAGCCCCAGGAACGUUCAGCAUCGGGGACCACAUGCAGUGGUUCAAAUAUUAAAUAAUGAUGUGAUUGGCGAAAUAAAAAAUAGCUUUAUGAUAUUUACUAGAUGUAUUUUUAUAGACGCGAUUCCCUCUGUUGUAUAUGAAUUAUUUAAUGUUUUCUCUGUAUUUUUCUCUUCUGUACUAUUCUGUGGCGUUGUGAUAUUUUUGAGUGAAUAAAUUAGGACCGGAUGA